GCAGCCACCACGGCCACACACACACACACACACACACCCGCGCCCGCCGUUCCCCAGAAAGAAGCACGGCCGCAGCACAGCCAGCGUUCACUGUGCUGCUCAGCUGCCGCCCCGCGGGGCGGCUGGGCGUAGGCUUUCCGCUCCCGAUGAACGCGCCAGGCGGUGGCGCCGUGAUGGAAGCCGCGGCGGCGGUGGCGUACCGAGGAGGCGGGUUGCUCGCGCGCGCGCGCCCCGGUCACGGGGCGCGGCGCCACGGCGUCGGCGCGGGAGCGGGAGCGAGGCCCGUCGCCCGACAGAGGCUCCUCGUCGUGGCGUCGCUCGGGGAAACCCCCUCCGCGCCCUCGCGCAGCGCCGUGGCGGUCGCGCAGGAGGUAAUUUGCUCUGAAACUCUGGUGCCGGUGACUCGCGCAGGAGGUGACGAUGAGGUCGACGUCGCCUCGACAGCAAUCCUGCCGCCCCCCGACGUGGACCUACCCUCGCCGGAUCACGCGGGGACGGUGCGCGUCAAGUUCGUGCUGGAAAAGCGGUGCGCGUUCGGCCAGCGGUUCCUCGUCGUCGGCGACGACCCGGCGCUCGGCCUCUGGGACCCGGCCAAGGCGACCGCCCUGGACUGGUCGGAAGGCCACGUUUGGACGGCCAAGACGGAUUUACCAGCGAACAGGUUGGUGGAGUUCAAGUUCUUGCUGCAAGACCCCUCCGGCCAUGUCCGUUGGCAGCACGGCGGCAACAGGACUCUGCAGGUAACCGAGGUCGCCAACACAUUGGUCGUCUACGAAGACUGGGAUUACGCCGUGCGCCAGCAGGUGUCGGAGGAGGUAGUAGACCCGUCGGUUGCAGAGCACGAGCCGAUCUUUGCAGUAGGCAACGGCGUGUUGCUGGCAGAUGAUGACCAGAUGGACGAAGAUCAAGAGACCUACAAGGGCUUCCUGCAUGCUGAGAAGUCACCUGCCGCUGCAGAAGCUUCUCUGCACGCGAAAACCAUGGGAGUAAAUGGAACGAACCGGCCACAGAAAGAUGAGAAGGAUCCAAAGGGGCUUCGGAGAAGGCCAAGCAUGGCAGCACAAAACGGCAGUCUUGCUUCUGCUGGGAUAAAUGGUGACGCUAUCAUCUUGUACAAGGAAGCUGCGCCAGUAGCGAAUAGGCCGGCCAGUAUGUUCGAAAAUGACAUGGUUUGGAUCAGGAAUGCCCUCCAGGGAAUGCUCCAGAACCUUGGUUUCCACAUUGGCACAACAAAAACAUGAUAAAAUAAGCAUCCUGUGUACGGUACAUACGUAUCAUGAUGUUCUUUGUUGCGAAUUA